AUGAACGUCAUGAAUUCUACCGUUUUUCAGUACUGCCACUGGAGUGACAACUUCAUUGACCCCCCGCUUCCUUCUAUCGAGAGCAUCGAGUCCCUCCUCGAUCAUGUCCUCGCUAUAGCCAAAUACGUGGAUUACGAGGAGUUUGUCGGAGGCUGGUUCCUCGGCACGCGAGUGAAAGACCUAACUCGCGAACAUGUGCGACAGUUCAUCUCCUUCGGUUUCUACCACAGGUUUUAUAACGAGCUCACUCCGGAAUACCAGGAAGCCGUCCGAGACCACGUGGUUAGAACGGAGCGCGCUAUUGGCCUCAUCUUCCCCGAGGUCCUUCCCGCGCCCCCCUCCCCCUCCGCUUCCGCCGCCAUCGCUUCCCCGCCCCUCUCCGCGCGCCCCUCCUUCUCCGCCUAUCAACCCGUGCACCUAACCGAGCCAGCUACAGCCUCGGCAGUAGGUCCGGCAGCAGGUCCGGUGGUCAAGGCUUCGAAAACCGUCGGAACCUUACAGGAAGAUGAUGAUGCUGGUUCGGAAAGCGGAGAGGCCGUAUAUCCUUGCACACUGGAAGAGGAGAAGGCAGGAACAGCAGUGGAGGAAAACAGUGCCACUAGCGCUGGCGACGGUACUGCUGAUUCCGCUGCUGAUGAUGCUGACGCGGAUGCGGCAGAUGCGGCGGCGGCUGUGAUUGGCUGUGGUGGUAUGGCCGGGUGGGGCAGGAGGAAAAAGCCCGAGGUGCGAUUCAUGUCGCACUGCCGGGAACCCAUCCGCGCCAUUCUGCACCCCUUCAUUCUCUACGUCUGGGGCCACAUCAUAGGCUGUCUCACCUCUCUGGCAAUGCGCUAUCUGGGCUUCACAAAGCACUUCACAGCGGACGGGUUCAAGUACUGGGUCAGGGAGCCCCGCCGCCGCUCCUUCUCCUCCACCGCUUUCACCAUGAUCAACAGACUCUCUGCUGCUUCCGCUGACGCUCACACCAACGCUGAAAGGAGUGCUGACGGGAUUGGCAGCAGGAGCAGCAAUAACAGCGGGGAGAGCACGGAUAGCGACAGCAGCAGCAGGGGCAUGAGCUUUGGGUGCAGCGGCGGCAGUUUUCGCAGCAGCAGCAGCAGUGACAGUAGCAGCAGCAGCGGGAGCAGGGAGAGUGGUAGUGUGCCGUACCCUGCGUAUUCGAGUGUAGCUGGUGGGAGUGUGGAUUAUAGCGAGGAUGAGGAGGAGGGGGUGGUGUUUGUGCACGGGCUGGGGAUUGGCCUCACGCCUUACCUUGGAUUUAUCGGCAUGAUGAAGAGGACCUACCCUAACAAGAAAUUCAUCGUGGCAGAAAUGCCUCAUCUAGCCUUCCGCCUCUCCUCCGCCUCACCAACUAUUGACGACAUUGUGGCGGGGCUAGCAGAGGCACUUCAGGCACAGGGCCUCAAGAGAGCAACGUUUGUCGGCCACUCGUACGGCACCUUCGUGCUCGCACAGUAUGUGCGCAAGCAUUUCAGCACAGUAGCAGCGCUGGGACUCAUGGACCCUGUCUGCUUCCUCCUUUGCAUCCCCAAGACGCUGCUCAACAUGAUUUACAAGACCCCAGAGAACAUAAUGGACGGCCUGAGAUGGUUCUUCUGCGCCAGAGAGCUCCAGGUGGCCCGAUCUCUCUCCCGCAACUUUGACUGGCAUGCGUGCAUGUUGUGGCCUGAGGAGAUGCCACGUCAGCAGUCAGUGGUGCUAAUGGGCGGCCAGGAUCAAAUUGUGCCGUCCAACCACAUCAAGACGAUGCUCACUGAGAAGGGUGUAGAGUUUAUGUACAAUGAGACGUACCAACAUGCACAAGUGCUCUUCAGUGACACCAAGCAACGGGAGUUUUUGACACGACUCAUUGCUGCCCGAUCCACAGCUGACCAAUAA